AUGGCCAAGCCACGCACCCCCUUAGCUGCCACCAGCUUCCUACUUACCCCCGGAAACCCGCAAAGCGUCCGAGUGUACUAUGGCACUGAGGACAAUCGCAUCCUUGAAAAAGGGACUGAAGGCGGUACUUACUGGUAUGAUGGUGCAUUUGAGCAUUCAGCCAUUCCUGAUUCCCAAGUGGCUGCCGUGGACUGGGGAAAUGGCGGCGUGUUCAACAUCAGGCUUUAUAUCCAGGAUGGGGCCUUUAAGAACGGGAUAAGUGAAUGGGCUUGGUUCCGCCGUUCAUGGCGCCGAGGGAUCCUUGCAAUCCCGCCCGCAUAA